AUGACCCAAUACAUGUCUACAGAAAUUUUAGGUAAAGUAGCACCAGAAAAAAUAUCAGAUAUCCAAAGCAUAGCGCCAAAUGCAGAAAUAGGCUAUAUAUUAGAAGUUGAUCUAGAAGUCCCAGUGCACUUACACGAUUUUUUUGCAGAUUAUCCAUUAGCGCCCGAAAAGCAGAUGGUUCCAGAAGACUGGCUUAGCUUGUAUAAUGAAAGGUUAGUCUAUGAUAAAGAAGUCGGAGAAGCGGAUUAUGAGAAAGAGCUAGAGGAGGAAGAAUUUAGAAAAUUUCAGGAUGUAAACCUUCGUGUUCGAGAAGUAGGUGAUGGAGGUUUAUGGAAAAUCGCACAGUCAUGCCAUAAAUUAGAAUAUCUAAACAUUUCAUACUGCACAGAGAUUCUUGAACCAUCGAUUUGUAAUAUUAUUCGUUCCUGUCCAAAGCUCCAGCAUCUUAGCCUUAGAUUUUGUGAAAUUAGUGAUAUGACUAUCAAAGAAAUUGCUU